AGCGCUUCCAUGGCCGGCGGCGAUUGUUCUCCCGUGGCGGCGGCGAGAAAGUGGGACCACGAAGAGUAUCGGUUCAAGACGCCGGAGGAGGAUUCCUUCGACCCGCGAUUCAGCGAGUACGACCCCAAGCAGGGUUGUUUCAUAUACGUCCGCUACUUCUUCGACGGUGACAAACUCGACCUCGACGAGGAGUAAGAUGAGAGCACAGCCUGCCUGGUUCGGCUUUCAAGCACCUAUUGGUCCCAUGCGACAUACUGGUAAAAUCUUCAAAGAGGGGUUCCGGCUCAAAAACUCGGUCAAUGUUGUCUCCAUCAAGAUUGUUUCCUCCGACUAUGGCUACCCACUCAAUGUCUAUGGUACCAUCAUAGCCAGGGACAGUCUGGAUCAAAAAUGUGUCUAUAUAUUCCGGCGCGACCAGGAUGAUUGCCAGCUCAUCAGCUCAAGGGAUGAUUCAUUGAUUUUGACUGGCCCGAAGAGAGGAUUCAUGGUAUGCGAUGAUAUAUUCUUCGAAAUCAAUCUGAAGGUUAAGGAUGUGCAUGGGAGGACUGUCGAUGAUGAUAGACUCAGUAAAGGCCUGAUCGAGGUGGAUGCUAUCCGCAGGCUGGAAUUUGAUCCCAGAUAUAUGGUUGAAACGGAAACACUCGUCAGCAUGCACAGCAUAUUGGAUUUAAACUACACAUUUGUAAGGAGGUCGGUGGAGGGCACUGUUGAGAUCAGGAUCCUUCAGGGACCUGAUGAAUUCCAUGGGAAGAUCGCCGCUUCCACUACCAGCAUUCCAUGCGACAUUGUGCUACAUGAUAGCAAAGUGUCUGGUGCGCUAAUUGCAGGUGACAAUGGAGUCCUACAAAUGGCGCGGCGCAUAGUAGGAGUCUCUGUGGAUGAGAUACUGGUAUUGACUGUUGCUGCUGCUGUCGGUGAUGAUAAGUUAUCUGUCGGCACUGUUGAGUUUACUCCAAGGCGCAAUGGUUACGAUGCUGAGAUUAUCAUAUGCGGCAACUACAUGAUGCUUCUGAAGGUGACUUGGUCGAUUGUGUAUUUCUGAUGCAAUUCUUAGUUAUUCGGUCGCGGCAGUCUGCCAGAUUCUCGAGAUCCUUUUUUUUAUAAUCCUCUAGAUCGUUUUGAUGCAAUGAAGUUCCAUUAUGCGGACCAGUUAUGGUACAUGCUCAAACAAUAUAUGUGUUCCAGCGUCUAUUGUAUCUAUUCUGACUCUUCUGGCUGA